AUGCAGGCUCUCAAUAGCCUUGUCGUCAGUGGCAAGGUAUUGUAUCUUGGCAUCAGCGACGCCCCAGCAUGGGUGGCCAGUAAAGCCAACGAAUAUGCCAGAAACCAUGGUAUGCGCCAAUUCAGCGUCUACCAGGGCCAGUGGUCAGCAGCGCACCGUGACUUUGAACGCGACAUCAUCCCCAUGUGCCGUGCUGAGGGAAUGGCCCUUGCUCCAUGGGGCUCACUCGGCGGCGGCAAGUUCAAGACUGCAGAGCAGCGCAGGGCUCGAGAAGGCAGACCGAACCAAGAGUAUACUGAAGAGGACACAAAGGUCACUGCGGCGCUCGAGGCCGUCGCAAGACGCAAAAACGCAGCUCUCGCCAGCGUCGCCAUCGCCUAUGUCAUGCACAAGGCACCGUAUGUCUUUCCCGUGCUUGGUGGACGAAAGGUCGAACACAUAAAGGGCAACAUCGACGCCCUCAACAUCGAACUGAGCGCGGACGAUAUACGAGAGAUUGAAGCUGCAGUGCCCUUUGAUCUCGGGUUCCCACACAGCUUUCUCUGGGGCAAAGAAAUGCCCGCCGCACAAGGAAACGUAAAAUUCGCCGUGCUUGGAGGCAACUACGAUCAUGUUGAGGAUGCCAAACCCAUCAAGCCUGCCAAGGCAGCGGAGUAG